AUGCCUUGGGAUGCAUCUCGUGUUCAGCGUCUGCAGGCUUGCGGCGGACCGUCCGAGCCUCAACUUCUGCGCAGGAUCAAAAAUUUGAAGAAAUGGGACCUUGUGUCUGGUUCGAAAGUACUCGAAAUUGGAUGCGGGCAAGGAGAUUGUACCCUUGUUCUGGCCGACUUGGUGGGAGAAGAUGGUCACAUCACAGCUAUUGAUCCCGCUCCUCUAGACUACGGGGCUCCGAUGACAUUGGGAGAGGCGCAAUUGCAGCUCAAAUCCAGUGUUUAUGGAAAUCGGAUCACAUUUCACCAGGCUGAACUGAAAGACUUUCGUGAUUCCGGGGCCUCGGAGUCACUGUACGACUAUGGUAUCUUUGUGCAUUCAGUUUGGUACUUGUCAUCCGUUGAAACAUUACAGUCCAUGAUGAUGUCUCUUUGCGGGAGAGCAAAGCAGCUUCUUGUUGCAGAAUACGUACUUGAUAUUCGCGGAGAGAUCGCUGCUCUCCCUCAUCUGAUAGCAGCAAUCUCUCAAGCAGAAUUCAAUUCUCGAGACGGCCAUUCAUCUUCUGGAGGAGAAGAUAAUAUCCAGUCCAUUAUAUCGCCAAAAAUGAUUUGCACAGCGGCGCUCAAUGGAGGAUGGGAAUUGCAAAGGGAAGAAACCACGGAAGCUACGGAUGCUCUCGAAGACGGACGAUGGGAGGUUGGGCGUGUCCUUUCGAAGAGGUAUCUAGAAAGAUCGGAAUCUUUCGCGACUAAGCGCCGUCAGGAAUUUGCAAAUGCCUUGAUAGAAGCUGUUGAAGUGAGCAGGCGCGUUCUUGGGCCCCAGCUCAAGGUGAAAACACUACCUACGUGGCAAUGCUCAUGGGCUUAA